UCGAGCUCCCUCGGCCGCGGCGGGGCCGGGCCGGCUUCGCUGAGGCGUCGGGGCCGGCACAGCCCGCGCCGCGCCCGGUGGCGGUCUCUUCCUCCCUCCCCGCCUUCCCCUCAGGGCUGCCCGCCCAGGAGGCGGGAGCCCGCCGCGCAGGGCGGGGGGAAAAAAGCCAGCGGGGCUGCCCGGCGGAGCACCAUGCUGGAGUCCAUCUGUGUCACCGAAAAACUUCACUGGCCUAAGACGGAGCUUUCUAAGAAAUCAAUCCUGAGUCCAGUAGAACAUAAGCUGAACACUAAUAAUGAAAACAGCCUCCAGCAGCCACCCUCUGGGAUCCUUAAGGACAUUUUCACCACAGGAACCAGUAGCUACAACGUCCUCCUGCAGAGCAAAGAGGAGAAGAAGCACCACGCUCAAAAGCAGUCAUCUGCUCACCACAAGAAGCACAGAAAACCCAUAAAGUGUUCUACCACCUUGCGAAGCAACGAGCACCGCAAGAUCAAAGUCCCCGUCCCCUUGCUCGGCGGUGGAUGGUACUGCACAAAUGGACAGCCCUCCAUCGUCGUCGCUAGCCCACUGGCCACCAGCACAAAGUUUACGACCAGUAUCUCGGUUACAGGGAGCAGCAGAGGACUGCCACCUCGACCCAGAAGUAGAACCAAGAGGCAUUUUAAUCUAGUAAAGCCGAAGCAAUCCCAGCCCUCAAAAAGCCAUGGAAAAGAAGGUGAUGUCUCGGGCCAAAAACUCUGCUUAUUGACUGCCAUCAAGCCUUCCAAUGUGGAGAAAGAGAAGAUGAAGUUCUUCAAUUCGGAUUUCACGUACAAUCCUCAGUUUGAAUAUGAAAACCCUGCUCUGCCAAACGUGUUAGCUAAGCACAGCCAUGCCUCUGACAGGUUCCUUAAGCAGGCCAUUAACAUUAUGGAGCGGACCCUGCAGAAGUAUGGAAGCUAUGAGAAGUUUGAACAGGCCACUGGAGGCAGCUUGUUGACCAAAAGUCGCAUCUGGAACCACGUCAGGAAGUACAUGGUGAAAGAAGGCUGUCUUGGAGAGAUUGUGGUCCAUCUCACGGAGGACCUGCUCUCUCGAGCUUCAAUGACGGUGGUGAACGGCCGCCCCACUCUCACUAUCAAUAUCUCCACUGCACGGGAGCACUGGCUGGAAGGGAUGCUGAGACAUGAAAUUGGAACUCAUUAUUUUCGGGGUUUUAACAACAACAGCCAGCCUUGGUGCAACUGGAACGGGCGUAGAAAACACGGGUUAAAACCAAUCAACCCUACAGAAGAGGGGCUAGCAAGCAUUCACAGCGUCCUCUUCCGCAAAGACCCUUUCCUCUGGAGGGCUGCCCUGCUCUACUACACCGUGUACCAGGCCAGCCGAAUGUCCUUCAGUCAGCUUUUCCAGGACGUAGGGAAAUUUGUCAAGGACCCCAACACCAGGUGGGAUUACUGCGUACGAGCCAAGAGAGGGUGGACUGACACAUCCCAACCAGGCUGUUUCAAUAAGGAUCAGGUGUACUUGGAUGGCAUCCUCCGAAUCCUGAGGUACAGGGCGUCCAUUGAUUUCCAUCUUCUGACAGCCCUUGGAAAGAUCUCCUACGAGGACGUGGACCGGCUGAAGGAGUUAGCUGUGACUGAGAACAUGAGGGUACCACACUUUUUGCAAGACCAUGCCCGGUACAUGGAGCACUUGGAAAAGAUCAUGGAAGUCAACGAGCUGACAGAUGAGGAGCUCCAGGAUCUCAUAAAUUAAACAGUAUCAGCCCACCAUUCGCUUACUCUGGGCAACUGGGACAUAGAACUGGGCUUCCCAGACCUUGCAAAAAUGGACUUAGGAAGGCUGGAGUGGGAGGAAAGGGUGGCUGGAAUAUGAGGAAUUCAGAAAAAGUCCCUUUUGCGUUCCUUUUGCAUUGUGAUUAUAUACCGAUUAUUUCUUGAAAGGUUUGUGCAUUUAUUUUUAUUUUUUUAAGUUUGGCUUAAGAAUUCCUUUGCAGUGAUCUGUCCCAUCCUCUGCUCUGUUUUGUAUGCUAGGUGUGGUGCUCGACACUUGUCUUUUGUAAGAUACUGCCUUUUCCUACCCAGCUUUCCAGGUAGAGCAAAGGGGAAA